UUUCCCGUUGCCGUGGUGACACUGCCGCGGUAGCAGCGCGGUGUGGGGCUCUCGUCCUCUCCCUGGAGCUCCCGGCCGUCCGCUGUUGACGGAUGAGGAAUUUCAGGGCGGAGGGGCAGCCGGUUUCCAGAGGCGGCCAGAAAGGCGGAGGCUUCGUGAAGAGUUUGACUGAACGACAGAUUUCAAAACACAUAAGACGCUGUGGGAAGUAGAAUGUCGGAAGAUAUUGAAGGAAUUGAAAAAGAAGUAGAAAUUGAAUUAGGCAGAAUCAGUGUUUCUUCAUUUGGAACAGAUGAUGCUGAGACAGAGGUAUCAGAUGAACCCUGGAGUGACAGUGAGACAAUUUCAGAAGACUUGCCAGAAUCAAUUCUAUCCUAUUUAAAUUUUAUCAAGAGCAGCAAUCAAGAUGCUGCAAAGGUUAUACUGCAGGACUUAGAAGAUGAGCAAAGUACAAGUGACAUUUAUGAAGUAGUUUCUAGCCAUACUUCUGAAUCAAAUGAAGAUUCAAAACAAUUUAAUGAAAAGAUACUGCUUGGAGGAGAAAAUGAAGACUUGCAGCUUGCUGCAACACCUGAUUAUAGUCAGUCUAUCAGUGAUGAAGUGGUCACUGAUGACCACUUUCUUACAGUAGCUGGCCUUGGAAUGAGCGUAAGUCUUGCCCAUUGUGAAGUAGAGGAAAAGUGUAGAGCAGCACUUGAGCUUGAAGAUGAGAAGAUGAAAAAGUGGAAAGCUGAGAGAGAAUCAAGGGAAAAACAGAAUGAAGAGAAACAUGCAAGAAGGGUGCAGCAUCUGGAGCAAUUUGAGGCUGAAAGAAUAAAGUUAGAUCUUCUUCAUAAGAAACGCCAGGCUGCAAUAGAAGAUGAGUUACAGAAAGAAGAGGAAGCUUGGAGAAACAAAAUUAGGCAACAUGAGGAAUUGAUCAAGAAGCUACAGUUGCAAAUGGAAGAGGAGAAAAAGGCCUUGGAAGAACAGAAAGCAAAAGAAAGACAACAACUGGCUGAACAACAGAAUAUAGCAGCUGUGAAAAUCCAAGCUAGAUUUAGAGCAUUUUUAGUCCGUAAAAAAUACGGUCCCAUUUUAAAACAAUGGAAAUAUGAAAUGAGAAAGAAGCAGAAAAUGCUAGAGGAAGUAGAGAGAGAAAUGAAAGAAAGAGAGGAAAAACUGAACAGGCAAAUGGAAGAAAACAGGUUAAAGAGAAAAGAGGAAAGAAAGAGACAAGAAGAACUUGAAAGACAAGAAUAUUUGAAGCAAGUGAGGAGGCAUGAAGAAUAUGAGAAAAAGAAAGAAAGCCUGAGAUUGGAAAGAGAAAAACAAUUGCAAAUAAGAGAAGAACAAAGAAAAUUAGAACAAAAGAGAGCAAAAGCUGUGAUGAGUGAAAAUGCAAAGAAUAACACAGAAAACAUAAAAAAGGAUAAAAAGACAGAAAAUAUGAAAGUAAUAAGAGAAGACAAGGAGGAACUAAAUAAACAAGUAGAGAAACCAAAAGAAAAACAUGUUGAAAUGACGGAUGAAACAAAUAAUUGGAUGAUUCCAGCAGAAAGAAAUUUGACACCAAGUGUGCUAGGCUCUGAGAAGGAACAUUCUUCUCAAGUGAAUAAUGAGAACUUACACAUUAAUUCAGUAACACAAGUAGAAGAAAAUUACUCACAAAGAAGUUAUCUUGAUAAAGCUUCAAAUGGUCACAUUUCAAAAGAUGAAUCUCUUAACUCUGAUAAAGCUUCAAAUGGUCAUUUUUCAAAGGAUGAAUCUCUUAACUUCAGAGAUAGUGACACGGUAGAAAAUAAGGCAAACUGCAUAUGUAGCAGCCCACCAAAUGUCCAGCCAAAUGCUAAUAACAGAGAAAUUAAAGAUCGAUUUUCUCAGUGUGAAACUACAAAGAAAACUUUAUUUCCGAUGGAAAAUGCUAGUGAAGAAAUCAGAGACACCUGUGGCAGUAGUCAAGAUGUAGCAGAUUCUUCUAGUAAAGUAAUUUUUCCUGAUGAUAUGGAAAAGAAGAGAAUAAACUGGAUGAACACAUGCAACUCUUGGUUUAAAAUAUAUGACAAAAACCAAAGAAAGCAAGCAACUGUAAGAAAAAGACUAAGGAAAAGUUCAAUUAGCAAGAUGCCUCCACUAAGUACAGAAAAGAUUAUUCAUAGUGGCCCUUGGAGUACGUUGCAGCAGGUCACAACGCUUACACUCGAAGAUUUGCCAGCUUGUAGCCUCUCAACCUUAUCUGAGUGUUCAAAUCUUCAAGUUUUGACUCUGAGGCGCUGUGGACUGAUUGCACUGGAAGGACUAAGUAACUGCAAAGACCUGAAGUAUAUCAAUGUGGAGGAGAACAACAUUCAGGUAAUUGACUGUGAAAAUCUGGAAAAUCUCUGUAUUCUCAUUCUGAAUAAGAACAGUCUUUCAUCAGUUUGUGGCUUAGAUGGAUGCAAAAAUCUCCAAAAUCUUGAACUUUCCUACAAUAGAAUCACUCGAAUUGGUGGUCUGGAGUCACUGAAAAAUCUCCAGCAAUUAAUUGUGGACCAUAAUCAGUUAAUCAGCACAAAAGGUCUUUGUGAGGUACCUACUCUCAUUCACCUAGACUGCUCUUUCAAUCAUCUCACACAAGUUGAAGGCAUUGAGAAUUGUGGCCUACUUCAAGUUCUGAAGUUGCAAGGCAAUAAUCUCCAGGAGCUUCCAAGACUGGAAAAUCAUGUUCUCUUAAGAGAACUAUAUUUGGAUGACAAUAGCAUUUCUUCUCCGAGAAUGCUUUCUUUGUAUUGGUUGCCUCUAUUGCAGAUUCUUUUGCUGUCUCAAAAUAGAUUAAUUGACCUUGUGCCUUUAAAUUCAUUUGUGUUUCUGGAAAAGCUUGAUAUCAAAAAUAACUGCUUGUCAGAUCUUAAAGAUGUCCAUAGCUGGUUUAGUGGCUGUCAUAAACUAAAGGAGUUGUCAUUGAGUGGGAAUCCUCUUCUCCAAGAAAAGAACUGGAGAUCUUCCAUGUUGGAGAUCCUUCCUAGUUUACAGUUGCUUAAUGGUGAAGUCUUAAUCCAUCAUACUUUACCCACACCUGAAAAAAUCAAAGCAUCAGAAUUAGGAACUUUUCUGGAACUUUGUCAAGUUCAAAUUGCGGAAACUAUUCAACUGAAAAAAAAGGCUGCUGAAUUGGAAAUUGCUUCUUCUAUUGAUUCUGCACUGAGACAAUGCUGGUAUUUUAAUCAGUUGAUGAAACUUAGUAUUAAACAUCGAUAUGUACAUGAGUAUGGUGAACUGAACAUUACUGACAGAGAUGGACCAGAAGCACUUCAAAAUCAUUUAAAACAAACAUCCACUGGCUCCCUACAGGAAAAUAACCUCUUUAUCAUGGGUGUGACAGAAAAUAAACAGGUCUUGUUGGAUCCUUCCAAAAGAUGGAUUACUACUGGUGAUAUUCAGGCCACAUUCAUUAACUCCUCCAUACCUGUGCAUCAGAAGGAAAAUAGAGGAGAUCAGAGAGUGAAGCAGGAGAGCACUGAAUCUUGUAUUAAUUACAGUGGGGAGAGCAAAGGCAACAAUAACAUGUCAAGCCAACUCACAUUGCAAAAGUCAGUGAUAGUAGCAAGUGAUAUGGGAAGAAAUCUCCAGCACUUUGGUGAUGAUACAGAAAGACUACAUACAGCAGCAUCCUUGAUCCAGUCCUUUUGGCGGCAGUACCAUGCUCAGAGGAAAAAUGAUUGCAGUAGAACAGAAAAUCAUCAGUUUGUAGGAGCUUUGAGACAGAAGCAUGAAGCUGCCACAGUAAUCCAGGCAUUUUGGAAGGGUUUUCUUUUGCGAAAGAAACUGGCCAGUGCUCUUGCAGAUGUUAAAAGUGAUGAAGUGGAAGAUGAAUACGAAGAAAUAAAUGUGGAUGCUUUCACGCUUUCUGAAGCUGCAUUAGAGAAGGAAUGGCUAACUCUAGAUUCCACCCGUUUCCCUUCAAAAACACUCCUGCUCUCAAACCAGCUGCACUGGCCAAAGAAGUUUUCUAGGCCUUCAGAUUCCAGUGGACAUUCAAAUAGUUUGCCAUUAACACCACAAGAGGUUUGGCAGUGUGCUAACAGACCACAUUCAUAUUCAGCAGAAAAAAUCCAUUUUCAUAGCAGGUCAGGGAAGGAAAUAAUGUCACAGCUUUCUAACUGUCAAGAAAAAAAGGAAUUUUUAUAUAUGUCUGAAAAAGAAAAGAAAAUUUCAGAAGAAUGGGGUUUUAAGCAUAUUUCUACUACGCAGCUAAUGCUGAAGAGGGCCCAUAGAAUGAAACCUAAAAAAUACAGUAAUAAAAAUUUAGACCCAGCUGUGCGCCUGGCGUUGUUCAAAAACAAUGAAAAUAAACAUCUUUCUGUGAAACCACCAGGGAAGACACAGCCUAUAAAUGCUGAAUACUUUGAAGGUAAAGAAAUUUCUCAGCUGGAUACUACUUUAGAUGAGAAAUUACAGAGUAAAGGCUUCACAUACCAAUGGCUUCAUGCACAGCUUUUGGAUUAUGAAGCAGCCAGUUCCAGAAAUACGAAGUGCUGUCAUUUUUUGCCUAAGAUAGAUCCUGCGAUAUGUGACAAUAGACAAGUACAACUUGUGGCAAGCCCUGUAAGCAGAGAAGACAUGGAUUUAGACCUUGUUUCCAUGGCCGGUGGAAGUGCUUUGACUGAGAACAGAGAAAAAAAUAAGCCGCCACACAGACACUCAGCAAGAUCCUCAAAAAAGAAUAUUUCUACUCCAGAAAAAUCAUGUUUGGGUCCAUCUCAUAGAGAACGGAUAUCAUUUCGAGACCAUCCAGUGGAGCUAAGCGGAGGAUGGGGAGCAGGCAAAAAAAGGCAAAAGCUUAAAAAUAUUAGCUGAAUAUUGGAGAUAACUAGUUGAAUUAAUCAAACACAGACACACAUAUGGACAGCUCUGAAUAUCAAUUGUUGUAUUGUUGUAAUUGUAUUGUUGUAUAUUUCAUUUAUUACCAAUAAACCAGUUUCAGUUAACUACUUUUGACUUACUUCAUUAUACAUGGUUACAGUGGUUUGGGUUUUGUGGGAUUUUUUUGUCAAAGUAUUUUAUACCUGUCAGUAAGUUAUCAUAGUUUGUGUUUCCAAUUGCUUAUAUGUUCAUGUGGUAUAGAAUGCAGAAGUGAUUAACUCUACAAGGUUUGUUGUGCAGAGACUAAGUUUAGCUAAGCUAAGCUUGCUUAUAAGAACUGGAUGAGUCCAAAUAUAAUAAGGAUUCAUGUGAUGUAUGUCACAUAUUGAAACGCUGAAUUCUCAUUUUCUCACAAAAUAAAAUACAUGCUUGCAAACUGUGUUGUGAGCUAUAACAGCUGGCAAUGCCAUUCUUAGAGAAGUCUGUUUAGAAUAUUUUACUGAACCAGUAUACAAAUGUUGAGCAUGCACUUUUAUUAGGAAUAUAAGUAGUCCUCUAGAUCUUACAUCAUAAAUUAUUGUCAUAAUAUAAUAAAGCAACCUGUUAUGUUUUUUUACUUUCAAAUACUGUUUCCUGGAGGAUUUAAAAAAAAAUAAUAAAAGGUUCUCAUUUCAUUUUGGGAUAAUGUCAAAUUAGAUCUAUAUGUCACUGUUAACUCAAUUUAAUUUUUUCAGACUUGUGUGUAAAUGUUUUGUGGUGCAAGGAAACCUAGAGAAAAAGAAAUACUGUCUCAUGGUAUCUAACACAUGUGUUCAUGGGUAUCUAACGCAUUACUUCUAGUCAAUGCUUUAUCCAUGAGCAUAGAGGACAGAAAAUGUUCCUUGAUUUCAAAGCCUAACAUUAUUUUAAUGUUUUUAAUGUUUGAGGGUAUAAGUUGCUAAUUGGAUCUAAGAAAAGGCUGUUUUUGGUAUUUCCUUGUCUUUGUAAGCUGCAACCCCCUGUAGAUGGAGAAAGAGGUGGAAUGGGUAAUGGGGCUUGAAACUUCAGUCAGUAAAAACAUAAAUUCUUGCAUUGUGGCUGUUUUUAAAAUGUAUUUAAAUUAACAUGUGUUGUUAUUUUGUAAAGUGUUUUUUAUGAUAACGUAUAUCUAACUAUGAGUUAAAAGCAUUUAUCUCCAUUUUUGUGAAUACUUGCAUUCAUUUUCAGGUAAAAAGAUGAUUGACCUCAUUGAAAAUCUCCAGUAAAUAAUUUUACUUGUUUGAACAACUGUCCUGUUUUUAUUAUCACUUUGCUUUUGAAAAGUCAGUGCAACCUAUUUCAGAAAAUAUUUCUUUGCCUUCCUGGGGAAUUAUGGUCAGGUUGCUUAACCUGACUAUAGAAAUGCUGUGGUUGGCAACAGGGUAUAAAUUGUCAGUAGAUGUUUAUUUCGCCUAGUUAGUUUCCAAAUGUAUGAAGUUAGUGCUCAGCUUGAUUUCAGGAUCUGCAAUAUAAUGACUUUUAACUGUCAUCAACAAAUAGUGGAGCUUUUGUGGGUUUGCUUUUAACAUCGAGGUUCUAAAUUUUUUAUGGAAAAUUUUGUUAUUUCAAGAUGUCUACCACUGCACCUGGUAGUGUGUGUAGCCACUGUUACAGGUAUUAACUGGAAAUCAAAAUACAAAAUCAGGAGGUUCAUGGCUUAACACUCCUUGCAGAUUGUUCCCUCUAUUUGUCUAGAGUAUCCAUAAUAUACUGUACAUCACCAAAACUGUAAAUAAGGGCUAUUUCAGAUUUUAUGGGUCUUUCUAUAUCUAUCUGUAUCUACAUCUAUAUCGAAAAAAAUAUCUGCUGUAUAAAAAUUAUUAGACUUAAUCUCUUUGUUUUCAGGGUAUUUCUGAAUGAGAAAUACCUCCCA